GCGCGGUGGGAGACGCCCCUCCGCUCGCGGACAGUCGCAGCCGGCGGUGCGGGCCGGGGGGGGGGGGCGGGGGUGGAGGCCAGCAGCGCGUUGGGCGCGGGAAGGGCUCCCCGGGGCCGAUGGCGGGUGAGCGCCGCGACCACCCCAGCCCUCCCCGCCCCCAUUGGGUGAGGGCAGCAAACUUGAGACGCGCGGCGGCCCCGAGGCGCCCCGCUCCCGGCGGCUGCGGAGCGCACUCGGGGGCUGCCCGGGGCUCACCGUCCCACAGUCUGCCCGGCUCGGGGCUGCUGAGGCGCCUCGAGACCCUGAGGUCCCAACGCCUGCGCCAACUUUCCAAACCAGGGCUGCGCCCGGAGGCAGGGGGCUGCCCCUGGCUUCCUGCCCCCGGCCCGGCUCCGAGCCCGCACCAGUCACUCAGCGUUGAGCCGGAUGGAUGGUGCAGAGACCCCUACGCAAAGGCAGAACCACCCUUCUGCUCUUCUCUGGGUUACACCCCGGAGCAGCUCCUCCCAAGCUCCAGGAACCCAAUGCUUGCUUUCACAGUAAUAGCCUUAAGUAGCCCUGGCCAGGAUGCUAGGGGUUAAAAGGUAAGACCUGAGGAUCGUCCUAGGGUGGCACCUUAGCCUGAUUUGCCAUGCCCCAGGGUGCCCCCUCCCCCAUCCCAGACCUACGGGUUCCCAGGAUUAGGUUCCUCACCUCAGGUGCAGGUUUCCUUCCGAUGGACUUAAACACUGUUCCUAAGCAGGAGGCUCCUGAGAAGGACAGCCUUGAGCCCUGCAUCUUUUGGAGGGCUGGUAGGGCAGGGAGCAGAGGGGACCUAGGAUUAGGGGCAGGAGGCAGGCCCCCUGGCUGCGAAAGUAGCUGCUUUGGCAAGCCAAAGGAACUGUAUGCAUUAAUGGGAAAGCUGGUGGGGGCUAAGGUACCAGGUACCCAUCUUUGGGGCUUUCUGGAUCCCUUACGAUGGGGCUGGCUGUCUUAGAGCCCUUACCUGGGCAGGCGAUUCCAAGGCUCCAGUCCUCAGCAACUGGGGACACUCACAGGCAUCACCAUGACCCUGUUUCUUUUUCCAAGUGUUCUCACCAACAUGACUCACACAUUGGAUUCACCAGGGAGGUAUCAAGCUGCCAACCUGUUCUCUUCCCCUCCUUCCUGGGUCUUCAGGGAGCAGUUGGGGAAAGGAGGGGGUGGAUUUGCUGCCCUUGGGCCUUAGCCCCCUGUGGGAGGCCAGGAGCCUGGCACUGUGAACUUUCAUUUCCCUGCUAUAUCUCCACUGGGGCAGGUGAGCUGCCCUAGGCCAGGCCAGGGUGGGGGCAAUGGGGAGGAAGUCUCUGCUAAUGAUCCUCCCAACCCUGCUGGGGCUUUGAAAUCCUGGUCACACCCCCCGCCUGGCACAUACACUUAACAGCCUCCUCAUCUCAAAGCAGAAACACAUUUCCCCCCUAAAAUCCGAAUUUCCCUCUUUGCUAAAUAUUGCAGUGCUUUUGGCCAGAGGUUUCCUCCUCGGCAUUGAAAGUCAAGCUCCUCUUGCAGACAGCUUUCCUCCUCCCUGGCCUCUCAGCUACCUCUGCCACGUUCAGGCCCCAAGUGGGAAGGAUGCAGAUCCCCCUUACCUCCCUGCCCCCCACCCACAGGGUCUUAGUUCCCGAGGAAGGGUGGUGCUCAUGGUGCUGAUGUAGGGGUCGUGUUUGCUGGCUGCAGACACACACAGGUGUACAUCUGUGCUCCCCUGAGUCUGCAGAGGGGCCCAGAAGGCUGGUUCUCACUGGGGGGGCAGGCUUGUACCCCUCUGGGUUCCCCUUGCCCACGCCCCUGUCUCCUUCCCUUUGCCCAUUGUGGCUCUCUCUUUACUUUUCUAACUCACUCUGCAUUGGUGCGGGGAGGGAGCAUUUGAUAUUCAUAAUCUGGUUCAGAGAAGGUCCCGAAGCCCUGAGUCACUGUAUGGUUUCCAUGGAAACAGACUUGUUCUGAGGACUCGGGUAGCGCAGCAGUGGUGGGGGAGAAGAGAAACAUAUAGUAAAACCGGGCUCCACAAGUGUGGCAGGAGUUGGGCCAACUCCCUUUGAUGGGGGCAGGGAGAGGCUGGGCAAGGCUCUGGGGUCCCUGCAGGAGGGGCUGCCGCUCCCCACACUGGGGUCCCCCCAUCGGGAGCUGCUCAGCUUUCCUUGCGGCUCUUGGCAGACUGCUACUUCUCCGUGGGCCUCCUGGCUAGGUGUCCAGGCUCAUCGCUGCCGCCCUAUCCCUCACUUUCCUCCUCUGUGAAAUGGGGAGGAAAGAGCACCUACCUCUUGGGGGGCUGUGAAAGUCAAAUAUGUUGAUAUGGGGAACGCACUCAUAAUGCAGCCAUAGCAAAUGUUCAGUAAGUGUCAUUAUUAUUAACUCGGGGUUGGAAGGAGCACCGCCUGUGUGGUCACCUGGGUCCAUCCUCUUGGGCAGGUGGUCUUGACAUCAGGCAGGGCUGGCCUCUUGCUUUGGAAGAGCCUCCCCCAGCCGCCCUGGCUGGGAACAAGCCAUCCAUUUCUUCCUCCCACAAAGCAUUUAUUUAGGUUGCGGAGGGCCCGUCACCGUGCUAGGGAGGCCUGGCUCCUGUUCAAACCCCACCUGUCUAGGAGCCUUGUGGGAACAAAUUCUCCAAGUCCAGAUGGAUGGGCAGCUUUCUGCCUCAGCCUCCUUGGGAUCGGGCCAGAGGGAGAGGGACAGGACAGGUCCAGGCUUUAGAGAAGAGUUUGGGAUGGGGCAGCUUUUCCUGAUCUUGGUGGGGCCCUUCCUUCCUGAUGAAAGUGGGAUCAGGAACUCUCCAGAAAGAAAACAGACCCUGCCCUCCCCCACUCCACCCUCCAGGUUGGAACUUCUAUUGCUGAAGUGUUCCCAGCACACCCUGCGAGUCUGGGCAGCUCGGGGCUCUAGCUGGGACCCCUAGCGGAUGUGUUAUUGUCCAGCCAACUGGGAGAGGGGGCCCCCUUACCCCAAAGCACCUGCCCCGCCGUGUCGGAGCCCUGGCUCAGGGACAUUGGGGGCACUAGGGAUGGCUCAGCCAGUCUCCCUCACCAGCCCUUCUCUGCCUUGCCACCGUCCUCUCCCUGGCCUGCAGAAAACCCCUGCUCCCCUCCUGUAAGGUGGGCUUCAGCUCUGAGCUCCCUCCCUCACGCCCCAUCACGACCAGCUCUCCGAGACCCCUCCGGAUCUACCAGCCCUUUCUUCUGUUUUACAGAUGGGAAAACGGAGAUUCUGGUUUGCUCCUGUGACCCGCACCCCAGCUAGCUGCGGCUGCUCCCAGCUCCACCCCAGCCGUGGGGAUGCCCUUCCCUCUUCCCUGGCUCUCCAGGUGGCCCCAGGUGCUGCCCAGCCCACACAUCCACCCCCCCCCCCCCCCAAUAGCAGUUUCCUGCCAAGGUUCUUCCCCCGCCAGGUCUCUCUGGACCGCUUUGCUGUCCUCAUUGGUGUUCACAACACCUUCCAAUUUAAUAUCCUCUGCAAAUUUCAUUAACGGACUGUUUACUCCCUCUCUCAGGAUCAUUAAUGAAGAUGUCAGAUAAGAUCUGACCCAGUGCCGGGUCUGGGCAGCCCUGCCCCCUCUCCCAGACUCUGUCCUGCAGCCCCUUCCCCCUGGGCUCGCCUCCUCCACUCAGGACCCUUGGGACCUACCCCCUCUUGCUUUCGGCCCCAUGACAAGUGCUUAGGGCCAAGUCUGUUUGAAUUAAUUUUGUAAGAUUACUUGAGGCGCUGUAUCAAAUGCUUUGCUAAAAAUCAAGAUAUAUUACCCUGCCUGCAUUUCCUUCAUCUACCGGUCUCGUAAUUCUAUCAAGAAAGCUAUCAAGUUUGUCAGGUGUGAUUUGUUCUUUAUAAAUCCCCACGGCGCCACGUGGGGGCACAGAGUUCCCGCGUUUUCUAAAUGUUUAGAGAUUCCCUCUUUGUGUUUGCUCCUUGAUUAGAGCUGGAAGGCUGGGAGCUGGGAAUUGUGGGGAGAGCUCGUCUCCUCCUCUGGGAUGGGGGGCAGGGCACAGCUCUUCCCUUCUCUGGGUCUCUGCUCGGGGCGGCGAGUUGUUUCGUGCCCAUCAAGCCCGGGCUGCGUGCUGCAGGCCCCAGGCUGGGUAGCAAGGGUGGGGAUGGAUGGAGGGCCUGCUGCUCUCACUCAGGGAUUCUGCAGGCAGAUGAGGAAGACAGACAGACAAGUCUGCAGCCAGCAUUCUGAAGGUAUCAUUAAUUGAGUGACUGCCUUGAACCAGGCACUAUGCUCAGAUCUCAUUUAAGCCCCUCCCCGGCCCUGGGAGGUGGUGUGGGCUCCCCUCCCCAGGUACCUGGGGAUCAGAGAGGGUAAGGCUGUCCAGGACCCAAGGUCUGGGUUUUGCCUGCUGCUAUGGUGCUCCUAACCACUCAAGGCGUAAGUAUAGGGUCAGGAGAGCUAAUUGGGGUGGUUCAGACAGAGGGUUUUAGGAGGUCAGAGGGGGAAGGAGCGGAAGCCUUCAGGGAGAACCUGGGAGAGAUUGAGGACCUCACACACAAUGCCCCAUAGCCUGAGUCUAGUUCCCCACCCCGCCACUUCUGAGCUGUUGGAGCAAGUCACUUAACUUCUGGGAGCCUCUGUCUGUCACUUGUGUCAUGGAUCCGGCUGUAGUUCUGACUCCCAAGCUUGGAGAGAGGGUCCAAUAAAGUGGGGCACGAAAGGUUCAUCACAUGGGGCUAGGCCUUCAGCGAGCAGCCAUCACGUCCUAUCGAGGUACCUGUUGAUGUGGGGGCAGAGACACUCAUCCGAUUUCAGAUGGAUGGCUCCCAGUGGGUGGCUCUCCCUACACUUGUCCAGGAGACAGAAGGGUGACAGGCUGAGCCUCACCAGCAUCCUGGCACAGGGGCAUCCGUGCAACCAGCUGUGGGCUAGUGGUAAGUUCUAGGCUUAGGGAGCAGGGAGACCUUAUCCUGGUCUUGAGCCCAAACCCUAAACCCCAUUCUAGACCAUUUCAGGCCAGGUGGGAAUAAAGACAUUCUUUGGCAUCCUCUUGGCUACGUAGGAUUUGGACGUUCCUGGGCUUUCUGGCCAAGAAAAUACACUUCCCUCUCCUUGCUUAGCCGGAGUGCUUUGGCUGCUGUCUGUCAGGUGUCAUACUGCACCAGCUGUGUCCACACCCAUGACCUCUUCCAGUCCUUAUGAUAAUCUUCCUUUUUGUCCUUCAGCUGGGGAGGGAGAGCCCCCUGGGAAGUGGUGAGGUGGCACAGACCUGUUUGGGGUGCCAGGGAAUCAGGCAGGCAGGGCCUUAGGCAGCCCCCAUCCCUCCGGCUGACACCCCGGGGACCUGAUCCUUAGAGAUGGUCAACUGGUGUUGGGUGAGCCCAGGUCUGGGUCAGGGUGGAUGCCCGGGACCCUGGUGGCCAUCUUGGCCCUGGCACACCCUGUCCCUGCCCUAGUCUCCAGAUGCAGGGUGAUGCUCUUACUCGUGGGCAUGGCCUGGGAGCUUAUGUAUUGUGGUUAGGGCCAGAGCUUGGGGGUCCUUAGAGCUGAGCUCGAAUCUGGACCCCACCACAGACCAGCUGCACACACCUAGAUCGACCCCCUCAUUUGUCCGUGCCUCACCGCUCCUCAUCUGUGGAGGAUGGCAGUGGUACCUGUGGGUAGCACCCACUUGAGGUGAGCCAGGACCGGGGUCAUCUCUGGGUAUGGGCUCCCACAGCCCCCUCCAUCCUGUGUGAGAGGCUCAGGUGAGCCUCUCCCAUGCCCAGCCCUCCUCCCCAGGGGCUAGCUGGGGAGGAGGCUGGAGACUCCAGCGUCUGGGGACAGAUGGCCCCCCUGCCAGCCCCUCCAGCAGAAGCUGGGAGGAUGGGCUGAAGCCCCGGUAUCCAGGGGGUGGAGCCUCGGUACUAUUCGGGCUCUGGCUGUGGCUGCUGAGGAGGGGUGGUGGUGGUGGGGGACAGGAAACCGGGGCCUUUCCGCCCAAUGUUGGGGCAGAAGGGUCCGCCUACCAGAGGCCAGGCUGUGGUAGGACCGGCCUGAGGGAACCGGGCCCUUCUGACUCAUCCGUCCUCCUCCUCUGUGAGGCGCCGGGCACACUGGGGCCUUGUGCCAGGAGGUCAGUCACUCUCCCCAUUGCUGGGGAAAACUUUCCUCGGGUCGGGCCAGGACCCCGCCAACCCGCUGGGCCCACAGCAGGACCACGAGGCAGUCUCUGCCACCCCGACAACAAGUGUCUCCAACCACACAGGCUGUUCGAGCUUCGGUGGAGGAGGCUGGGGCAUCUGUUUUCACUUCCUUAAACAUUUUCAGUCCAUUACAGCUGGUCUGUAGGCUUGAGGAGCCCUUGAAAAUCACACUCCUGGUUCUUACUUAAUGAGCACGUGCUCUGUGCCCAGCACUGUGCUAGGUUCUUGAUGUUUCUUGGCUGUCUCACAACCCAAAUAUUUGGAAGGUUCUGUGACUACCUUUCCCGUUUCACAGAUAAGGGCAACUGAGGUCUACAGAAGUUACGUGCCGCGCUCGGGGUCUCGUAGCCAUCAAGCCGUAGCAGUGGGGUUCAAACCCAGGCCUGUCCGGCCCCACAGCUGGGAUGCCCAAAUACCACCCAGUUACACCUGUGGGUAACUUCUCAAGGACGCUUGAGGCACCCAGGGGGUCUCCAGUGUCAUUAUGUGUGGACAUCAGAGGGAUCUGCUCUGGAGAUACCAGAGCUCCUAAGAGGCAGCUGAGUGUCUCUGCUGAGGGUGAAAAGUUGGUGGACAGUCAGUCACUUUCUGGAACCAUGACUGUGAGAACUUGCCCCACUCAAGGUGCCUGAAGGAACUAUGGGUUCUGCCUUUGGGGUCCGUGGGUAGAUACAGGGCCCGGGGACUCUAAAGACUGUAUACAAACACCCUGUUUGUGUUGGUGCAGAUUCUGGGGAGAAGGUCCACAGGCCUCCCAGUGUUUCAACUUGUGGGGGCAUCACCCCAAAGGGAAGUACUAUUACCUCCUAUCUCCCCUGGGCUGACCCAGACCACAGAGGCUGAUUCUGGACCCCAUGGGAUCUCCUUCCCUGGAAGGUUGCACUGGCUGAAUUAUGUGCUGGCAUACCGCUCACCUUGAAGGAUGUUCUGGAACACAGCCCCAUGAAACUUGUCCUCGGGCUUAUUAGGUACGAGCUGUUGAGAAUGGCAGGCUGUGCUCAGGGUUCUCUCUAGGAGACCCCUCGGGAGAAAUCUUUUGCUGGAUUCAGUACCAGGAAUAGCUGGGCAUCUCUUGAGCAGAUGGUGUAAUUCUCAUCUCAUGGGUCCUAUGGAACAUGAAAUGAAAUAUUUCCCUUUUCCCGUUGGCCACCAGGUAGCUCUGAUCCAUCUGGGUAGCCCAGAAGUGUCUUGGCUCUUGUAUGCUAAUCUGGCUUCUAGUUCUUUUGCACUUUCAUGCCCUUUUCACUUACCUCACUUUUUUUUUUUUAAGGAAGAAAAAAAAAACCUUGCUGUUUUAUAUGUUUUAGCUUUAACUAAACAAACAUCUCUGGUGGGUCAGCAUUGGCUACCGCUUACGCUUACCGCAGACCCAGGGAUUAAGCACUUCCUUUCUGCAGUCUCUCCCAGAGGCCUAUUUGCCAACUCCUUCCUCCCCAUCCUGUUCCCCCUGCCCCUUGUUCCAGUUCCUGGGGCUCCGGGGCCUAGGGCCCCUCCGUACUGGCUCCUGAGGCUGGUUGGAAAUCUCACGUUCAGGAUCUUUAUUCUUUGCUCUCCCUAUCUCCUCAGAGUUCCACAAGCUGUUUUUAGGAAGAAAAGGUGGGGAGGGGAGUCAUUUCCCCAACUCAGGCUUCCGUUCCUCUCCGAAGCUCCACGUCCCCUGGGAGGUCUCCCUCUUUUUCAGCUCCUGCCCUGUCUUUCUCGGCAGCACCCACUGACUGCUGUCCUUCGCCGCCUGCCUGAGCAGACAGAGCCCAGUUGUGGCCGAAAGGUAGUGACUUUGACCCUGGUGCCUUGGAAGUGGGGGAGGGGAGAGCCAGCUGGCAGUGCCCUGGGGGGCAGAUUAGGAGGCACAGUGAGUUGCCAGUGUGAUUUCAGUGCCCCACCCCUCCAGGUCUUGCAUGGGGUGGCUUUGCUCUCUCCCAGAAAGUUAAUAAACUCAAAUGGAACUGAGAGGCUCAGUGUGAGCUGCCUUCCUCCCACCGCUGUCUCCUCGCCCCUCCCACCGGGGCAGCUGGGGUUACCAGAUCAGUGGUUGUAUAUGCAUGUAUAUAAAUACUCCCCCCCACAUGCAUCCCCCUUUUAAAAACAAGAAGUAGCAACCUACCCUUGCACAUGUGUUUUCUGGCUCUAGCUUUUUUAUCUUGGGCGAUGGCUCUGCAUUCAGUGUAUACAAAUCUGUAGAGGCUUCCCUGGAACGGACAGUUGAAAAGAAAAUCCUAGGGCAGGGGAGAAUACUGCUCGUAAAGGGGUUGAAGCCUCUGAGGUGCCCAUGGGUGGGCUUUAGGGGGUCCAGGAGCCUUCUGAUUGUGUGUAAAGUUGUAGAUACAAAUGAAUCUUUCUGGAAAGAGGGACCAUGUCUUUCCAAGGGGCCUGUGGCCCAGAAAAGGCCAAAGCCACAGCUCUGGGUUGGAUGGGGUUUUAUAGAGUGGAAGCUGAGGCUGGGGGGGGAGGCUAACUCAGCAGAGGGCGGAGCCCCUUGGCUCUUGGGCCCCAUGGGGGCUGCCGUGGACUGGGCUGAGGGGAUGGGGCCCAGCUGCCAGCCCAGCUAUCUUGUUGGAGGAUGACUGGGGCUUUCCCGCUCCCAAAGGAGCAUCCCCCUGCCAGCAGUGAGGGGGGUCCUGACUCUGAAAAUGGAGCAUGGUGUCUUCCUGGGACCAGAGAACCCCAGUGGUCAGAGCUUGGAGGCCCUUAGAGUAGCUGGAUCUAUGGAAAUAUCGAGGCACAGAGGGGUCAGGGGAUGAGUCCAAGGUCACCCAGCCAGAGAAAGCAGAGGCCGUUCCUGCCUGUGAUAUUAAGUUCAGUGUUCCUUCCUCUGGGAUGAGGAAUGAGACUGGGAGGACGGGCCUUCUGGAUGAGGUGAGGCUGCGUGUUGCUGCUUGCCUCUUGGCGUGUGGGUGAAGAAGAGAGGGUGCACAGAGCAGAGGCCACAGCUCGGGUGGGGGUGUCAUCACCACACCUCAAGGCAUCCUGCAACAUCACCUCCGCUGGCUGAAUCCUCACACGAGGCCACAGCUAGAGGCCCCGAAUUCCGAGCCCAGCCAAGAACGCAGGGCUAAGAGGCUGUACUGCAGGAUGUGGCCACUAGAGGGCAGCAGGCAAGCCGCUGCGGUGGCUCAGCUGCAGAAAGUUCUCAGGCUGGGAGAGGAGCGGAAGGAAGAAGGGGCAGUGAGCAGAAGCCUGCCAGGCGGAGGUCUGGGCACCGCAGCCAGGAGGAGGGUCUGUCUCACUGUCAGAGUCGGUGAGAUCUGUUCUCAGGUACUUACGCGAGACACAAAGCGGACAAGACAUUUAAUGAUGAUAACAGUUGCGUACAUUUAUCGAGUGCUUUAUGCCGGGCACUGUGUUAAUUAGUCCUCACAAUGUUAAAUGUGAGUCCUCACAAUGUUAAAAUGAUCCCCAUUUUUCAGGUGAGAAAACAGAGGCCCGGAGAGAUUCAGAAACCUGGCCAUCAGUGGGGCUUUUGCCAGAGCCCAUGUCCCAAGCAGGAGGCUGUGUCGUAUUCUAUGCCUGGCAUUGACUAAAUGCCUCAAAUUCUUUAAAUUCUUGCAACCGCUACUAUGGUUAUACCCAUUGUAUGGGUCGGGAAACUGAGGCUCAGAGACCGCUAGUGAAUCCAGGUCCACACACCUGCUAAGUGAUAUCCGGGUGGGUGUGGUUCCAUGGCUUGAGCCCUGAGGUCUGAAUUCCAGUUCUCCAGUGGGGAGGUGUUUUUCACUCCCACCCUGUGCCCUAAUCUGAACGUGGCUGAGACUGAAAUCUGAGCUUUCUGCUGGGAGUUCACCAACUCCCCGGCCUUCCAACGCAAGUUACAGAUUCUGGGCUCCUCUGUCUAAGGCUUGUCUGGAUGUUGACUACCCAGAGAUGGAGGAAGGUCAUGCCAAAGGCUGCUCAAAGCCCAGGGAGGGGCCGUGGGGCUUGCAGGUUGGCUUGGAGGACAAGGGCAUUGAAGAGUUCCUUGCAGUGGCCAGAGCUCCCCUGGGAACAUUGGGACCUGGCCCUGGGGCCUCUGGUUUCCAGGGCAGAUGCCUCCAGCAUACCAAGGAAGCUUGGCCAGUCCUGAGCCCAGCUCUGCCAGGCUGGCAGGAGAGGGGGGCGGCAUUUCUAGGAGGGUCUGACUUUCUUCGUCUUCCUGUUCCCAUGCCCUCGCUUUGCCCUCCUGGGAGGCAGGGGGAUGGCCUGUGGCUGGGCCUUUGGACACAGUCCCCUCGUGGAUGCUCAGACUAUACCUUGUGAACCCGAGUCCCACUUUCUUAGGGAUUUAUACCAUCGAGAUUCUUCAGUUACUCCUGAUUUAUUAGCCAAGGCAGCAGUUUGGAAUCCUGGCCUUAAAAGUUUCUCUGGGCUGGGGUGGAGAGAGGUGGUAGGGAGAGAAACUUAAAUGCUCCCCUGGAUGGGUGAAUUCUCCUUUUGGUACGAGAAUCUUUGAAUUAAGUGAAAUCUCUUUCAGCCUUCUGUUUCCCGUCUCAGUGGAGACCAAAGGGGAUUAAAUGUAGUGGGUCAAGGAGGAGGAUUCAUGGCCUCCAGAGCACACUGCCUGGGCUGGAAUCCUGGCUGUACCCCUUACUAGGAGUGUGAGCUGGGGAAAUUCAUCUAACCUUGCAGAGCCUCAGCUUCCUUGUCUGUAAAAUGGGGAUAUGACAACAUCAACCACACAGGGUUAGUGUGAGGGCGAGAGGUGUUUUUCACUCCACCUUGUACCCUAAUCUGUGAUCCCCCCUGGGAUAAACAUCAUGAAUGCCCAGUAAGUGCUUGCUUCCUUCAUGUUCCCCCCGCCCCCAUAAUUCCUAGAACGGUGCCUGGAUCAUGCUCGAUAUCUGACAGAUCUUUAUGAGUAAGUACAAAGAGAGUCCAUCCUAAUGAUGUGCACUGGGGCGUUGCAACUGUAGACCCUUACUUAAAUAACUUAAAAAUAAUUCCUACACUAUUAUUAAUGGUAUUCCCUACCUGUCUUUAGAGGCAUUUGUUUUGGGGCACUUAGGCAGGGUGGGCCUGCAUUUUGCAGGAGAAUCUAAUUUAAUGCAGACAGGCAGUUUUCUCUGGUCACCUCAUCGAACCCUUUUGAUGAAGUCAGCAUUCUCUGUGGCCCUGGGGUGAGGUAGGGGUGGGAUGAGGGGUGUGGUCAGGGCUCUGGUUUUCUCUGAGGUUCCCAAGAGUCUAGACUGUGUCCUUUCCAUAUUUACUGCCACCUGGUGACAUGGUACUCUUCCCUGUAGGUACUGAGUGGAGUUUCAGACUUAAAAUAGGACUCCUAGGAUCCAGAGCCUCAGCUGGCUCACUGUCAUCUCAGCUCAAGCUCUGCGCCCCUUCCAGAGGCAACCAGACUGCUUCAGCUCUGUUUCUUCUUCGCUAAGCUGAUGGUAAAGGGGCCAGAACACUGGCCUAAGAAUCUGACACGGAGGGAUUCGAGUCUCUGCUAUUCCUUAUUUGCUUCUGCACAUUUGCUUAGUCUGUGAGCCUCAAUUUCUCCAUCUAAAAAAUGGGAGUGAGAACCCUGACCUCCCAGAGGAGGCUGUAAGGAAUAGCGUGGUGUUCGGAGUUGGCUGAGCCAGGCAGCACAGCGGGUUUGGGAAGUGAGGAUCCACAAACCACAAAGGAGUCACGCCAAAUAGCGGGAUGUGGGAAGAAUAUUCACAAAGCACAAGUUUAUCCCCUCAGCCAUGAGCCUUGAUCAACAAGACCUUGAUCAACAAGGCCAGACAGCAAAGGGAAGGAUCUGGAGGUGUUACACUACAGAUCGUCUGUACCCUUGUAAUACCUGGUCUCUCUCUUGCCAAUUUACACACAGGCCCGGGACAUUAAUCGAAUGCAUGUUUGAAGGCCAAGUGCAUGUAAGCUGGAGGAACAAGGUCAAAUCUCCUCAGAGGGAAAGAGCGUGGGCUCUGGGGAACCUGUGAGAUGUGCGUUAAACCAAGCAUGUGAGCUCAGGCAGGUCACCCCACUCUCUGUGCCUCAGCUUCCUCGCCUGUGAAAUGGAGCUAAUCCUGGCUUCCACAUGAAGCUCCUGUGAGGAAUAAAUGAGCGAAUGCAGUUUUAGGUAGCCGUUCUCCUCUCUGGUGUGGUUGGAAGAAGAGCCUCCUGCCCCAGCUGUCCCUUCCGAGCGGGCCUCGGUGUCUGGGCUAUCUAGACGGAGCUGUCAUUUCCACCUGGAGGUCUGGGUCUAUUGCUCACAGGGCCUCUGCACAGGCUGGGACUGCCAGCUAGGCCAGGAGACCUGGCAGCUGCGGACUCCCCAGCUCGGAGCAGCCCCUCUUUGACCUCGCAUGGUGGAGAAGCAGCCCCAUGAAGGUGCCUAGCCAUGCAAUGUUCCUGGAAGGCCGUCCUCCUCCUUGCCCUGGCCUCCAUCGCCAUACAGUACACCGCCAUUCGCACCUUCACCGCCAAGUCCUUCCACACCUGCCCGGGGCUGGCGGAGGCGGGGCUGGCCGAGCGGCUUUGCGAGGAGGGCCCCACCUUCGCCUACAACCUCUCGCGCAAGACCCACAUCCUCAUCCUGGCCACCACGCGCAGCGGCUCCUCCUUCGUGGGCCAGCUCUUCAACCAGCACCUGGACGUCUUCUACCUGUUCGAGCCCCUCUAUCACGUCCAGAACACGCUCAUCCCCCGCUUUACCCAGGGCAAGAGCCCCGCGGACCGGCGGGUCAUGCUGGGCGCCAGCCGCGACCUCCUGAGGAGCCUCUAUGACUGUGACCUCUACUUCUUGGAGAACUACAUCAAGCCGCCGCCCGUCAACCACACCACCGACAGGAUCUUCCGCCGCGGGGCCAGCAGGGUGCUGUGCUCCCGCCCCGUGUGCGACCCCCCGGGCUCCCCGGAACUGGUGCUGGAGGAGGGGGACUGCGUGCGCAAGUGCGGCCUGUUGAACUUGACGGUGGCCGCUGAGGCCUGUCGUGAGCGCAGCCACGUGGCCAUCAAGACGGUGCGGGUGCCCGAGGUUAACGACCUGCGGGCCCUGGUUGAAGACCCCCGGUUAAACCUCAAGGUCAUCCAGCUGGUCCGAGACCCGCGCGGCAUCCUGGCCUCCCGCAGCGAGACGUUCCGCGACACCUACCGCCUGUGGCGCCUCUGGUAUGGCACCGGGAGGAAGCCCUACAACCUAGAUGUGACGCAGCUGACCACGGUGUGCGAGGACUUCUCCAACUCCGUGUCCACCGGCCUCAUGCGGCCCCCGUGGCUCAAGGGCAAGUACAUGUUGGUGCGCUACGAGGACCUGGCCAGGAACCCCAUGAAGAAGACCGAGGAGAUCUACGGUUUCCUGGGGAUCCCCCUGGACAGCCAUGUGGCCCGCUGGAUCCAGAACAACACGCGGGGUGACCCCACCUUGGGCAAGCACAAAUACGGCACCGUGCGAAACUCGGCGGCCACGGCCGAGAAGUGGCGCUUCCGCCUCUCCUACGACAUUGUGGCCUUCGCCCAGAACACUUGCCAGCGGGUGCUGGCGCAGCUGGGCUACAAGAUGGCCACGUCGGAGGAGGAGCUCAAGAACCCCUCCAUCAGUCUGGUGGAGGAGCGGGACUUCCGCCCUUUCUCGUGACGAGGGCUCCGUGGGCGGGGGUGAGGGGCACAUGGUGUCAGUUUUGAUAAAAUGGACCGUUUUUAACUGUUGCCUUAUUUCCCCCUCCCUCUCCCGCCCGGUCUUUGUGUCCUUCCUGCCCCCCGACCCCCAACAGGCCCCGCCCCCCCUUCCUUCUGCCUCUUUUUGUCCCUGAAAUUUGCACUAUGUCUUGGACAGGAAUCACUGGGGCGGAGGGGGCAUGAAGCGGGGUAGAGCCCCCAGCUCAUCCCAUUCAGACACACGGCUGUUGGGUCUCUGCGUGGAUGGUGACAAUGUUUACAAGCACCACACUCACACAUUCACAUACGCACACAUGCACACACAUGGGCGCCCACGAGGAGAGGUACCCCCAAACCAUGGAACUUCUGCAGUAUUUCCAGUGGCCCAGUGGUCAGGGUAUGGUAGUUUUGCACUGUCUUACUUCCACAAGGUAAGAGGAUAAAAACAAAAAGGUCACCUCUCUCUAAUUUAUGAAUGGUGUCUAAUCCCUCCCCAUCCUGCUUCCUGCCCCCAAUGCCCACUGCCCCCCUUGGAGCAGAGAACCUGCCCCCCACUCUACCCCUCCCACGCCCACCCUGGCCUGCCCUUGCCUGCCGGCGAGCAGGUUUUUACUGUGAGGUGAACGUGGACCUUGUUUAUUUUUUUCCAGUCUGUGGCGAUGCUGUCUGUCUGUCCGUCUGAGUCUUGUGGCUGCCCCUGGACCAGUGAUGGCUGAUAAAUCUUAAGGGUUUCUGAUUGAUCUUGGGGUCCAUCUGUGAUAU